AUGGAUAUAUUUAAAAAUCAGAUUUCAUCAUUGGUUAUUGAUAUUGCUAAAGAUGAAAAACAUAAUACAAGAAACGAUGUGCUUGAAUUAAUAUUUACACGUAUCUUUUCUAUGUUCACCAAUUUACAAUGUUUAAAUUUUGGUCCGUCUUUUAGUUGUUGUCAAGUAUUAUCAUUUGAUAUUUCAUGUUCAACUAUAUUUUCUUCAACUCUACUGGAAUUACAUAUCAAUUUGAGAGGUAUUCUCGAUUGUCUUUAUUUACUUGAUGGACAUUUUAAUCAACUUCAUACACUUCAUGUCAAUAUUUAUUACAUAAACUCUUCGAAUUGGUUAUCAAUGUAUAAUAAAGGUAAGCUACCUAACCUAAGAUGUUUUUCGUUGCACAGUAAGAUGGAAACUAAUAUUUAUGAUGAAAUUAUUGUAUCAUUUUUACAUCGAAUGUCCAAUUUAGAAAAACUUGAUUUGCAUCUUGUUGUUUGUAGAAAAACAUUUAUUGAUGGUAAUGAGUUGAAGAGAAAUAUUAACAAUUAUACGACACGAUUAAAGAAAUUUGCAUUUAAUAUUUACUCAAAUAUUCGUGAUUAUGAUGCACUUGAUUUAACAUCAAAUGAAGAUAUUCAACAUACAUUUAGAGCUUUUAAAGAUUAUCAAAUAAUUUCUACUGUUGAUUAUUUUCCGAAAGAAAAAAGAGGUCAAUGUCAUAUUUAUUCAUAUCCAUAUAAUUUAAAACAUUACAAGAAUAUAACAAAUAAUUUUCCGGGUGGAUUAUUCGAAUAUGUCUCUGAAAUAUCAUUAUUUGAUGAACAUCCUUUUGAACAUGAAUUUUUUCGUUGA